AACCGUGUCAGAGGGCGACUGUGUAUAUCACCAACGAGGAAUGACCUAGUCAAGUUUUUUGUUUUUAAUCUGUUCCCUAUGGGGGUCUGCAGGUUCACAGUGGCCUUAAUGCGUUAGUGGCGUGAAGGAAUCAUCAAUGACAAAUGCAGUACUUAAGGUAUCUUCCUCAUGGAUAAUUAUAUUCCUUUCUUCUAUAUGUGACAUGGUUUGCACUAGACUAGUGUCUGGUCACUUGGCCAUGGUGUGUAAUACAUUAACCUGUAGUGUUGUCGAACAUUCCUCUAUCCUGUCUUAUCCUCAUUCAUUGUUGGGUCAUAGCGUUUCUUCCAAGCUUUGCCAUUAUUUUCAUGAUUGUACACCAGGGGGAUAUAUAUUCAAGCUGAAGCAAUAGAAAGACACAUUAUUCCAUAAUAAAGUUCAUUAUUGAUAUCUUAAUAUCUUUGGGGCUUGACUAGGUACGUUGGUGGAUUGAAAUGGCUGUAUAUGGAAUUGUGGACUGCGUUAAUAUUACAGUUUGGUAAGUAUUUGUGUGUAUGCACAUGUGUUUAUAUGUGUUUGUGCUCAUUUAUGUCCUUUUCCAUAUGUGUGCGCUGUUUGAACACCAGCAUGUGUAGCUGCCUCCUCUCCUGCCUGUCUGUCUGUGAAGUGUGCACUUGGAGAGGAUGGGGAUGCAGUUGCCAUGACAAUGGGGCUGUGUAUUCAGGAGUGCAGGCAGAGCUGCGAUUGGAGGAACCAAGCGAAGCGGGCGGGUGAAAUGCUGGAGCAAACCUGUCAGCCAGCAUCCCCCAUUCACUUCCACUCGGUAGAUCAGGAAGGUGAUAGAGACGCUUGGCUCUCAUCAAGGCUUCCAACCAUCUUCCACAAAACAUUUGACUAAAGGCAAGGACCACCUGAAACCCACCACCUCAGAUCCAGCAUGGCCACCAUUACCUGCACCCGCUUCACUGAGGAAUUCCAGAUGUUUGAGGAACUGGGCAAGGGAGCUUUUUCUGUGGUGCGUAGAUGCGUCAAGGUCCUCUCGGGGCAAGAGUAUGCUGCUAAGAUCAUCAACACCAAGAAGCUCUCUGCCAGGGAUCACCAGAAGCUGGACAGAGAGGCCAGGAUCUGCCGAUUGCUGAAGCACUCAAACAUCGUGCGUCUCCAUGACAGCAUCUCAGAGGAGGGGCAUCACUACCUGAUCUUUGACCUAGUGACAGGCGGGGAGCUCUUCGAAGACAUUGUUGCUCGAGAGUACUACAGCGAGGCCGACGCCAGCCAUUGUAUUCAGCAGAUUCUGGAGGCAGUGCUUCAUUGUCAUCAGAUGGGAGUCGUUCACAGAGACCUCAAGCCUGAGAACCUUCUGCUUGCCUCCAAGUCCAAGGGUGCUGCAGUGAAGCUGGCAGACUUCGGCCUGGCCAUCGAGGUUGAGGGGGAACAACAAGCCUGGUUCGGCUUUGCAGGGACACCUGGCUACCUGUCUCCUGAGGUCCUGAGGAAGGACCCAUAUGGCAAAGCUGUGGACCUGUGGGCUUGUGGUGUGAUCCUGUACAUCUUGCUGGUGGGCUACCCUCCGUUCUGGGAUGAGGACCAGCACAGACUGUACCAGCAGAUCAAGGCUGGGGCCUACGAUUUUCCCUCGCCUGAGUGGGACACUGUUACUCCAGAGGCAAAGGAUCUCAUUAACAAGAUGUUGACGAUCAACCCUGCCAAGCGCAUCACAGCCUCUGAGGUCCUCAAGCACCCGUGGAUCUCACACCGCUCCACUGUGGCCUCCUGCAUGCACAGACAGGAGACGGUGGAAUGCCUGAAAAAGUUCAACGCCAGAAGAAAGCUGAAGGGUGCCAUUCUCACCACCAUGUUGGCGACCCGAAACUUCUCCGGAGGUAACAAGGCCAACAAGAAGACGGAUGGUGUGAAGAAAAGGAAGUCCAGUUCCAGCGUCCAGCUGAUGGAAUCCUCAGAAAGCACCAACACCACUAUUGAGGAUGAAGACACCAGAGUGAGGAAACAGGAGAUCAUUAAGGUGACAGAGCAACUUAUAGAAGCCAUCAGCAAUGGAGACUUCGAGAGCUAUACGAAGAUGUGUGACCCCAGCGUGACAGCGUUUGAGCCAGAGGCUCUGGGUAACCUGGUGGAGGGCCUGGACUUCCACCGCUUUUACUUUGAGAACUUGUGGUCUAAGAACAGUAAGCCUGUCCACACCACCAUCCUGAACCCCCACAUCCACCUGAUCGGGGAGGAAGCUGCCUGCAUCGCCUACAUCCGCAUCACCCAAUACAUCGACACCAACGGCAUGCCCCGCACCGCCCAGUCGGAGGAGACACGCAUCUGGCACCGCCGCGACGGCAAGUGGCAGAUAGUCCACUUCCACCGCUCUGGAUCACCCUCCGCCAUCACCAACUGAGCUCCAGAGGCGGGAGGGUUUGAGUGAGACAUCUCUCUGAGUGACACAGGUGGGUGACCAGCUGGCUGCAUGGGGACACAGAGGGAUGCCCACCGACCGGCCUGAGGAAAUACGAGCCCACUGCAUCUCAUCUCUUUACUUGAAAUCAGAUUACUCCUCUCAACGCUGUCUGUCACAAGCCAAUCGCAUAAAUGUCACACCGUGUCAGGCUCUCAUGUAUGUAUAUAUGCUGUGCGUUUCAGGACCAUCUCGGCGCUUGUCAUUCGGUCUCUGCUCUGACUUUAUUUUUUUUCUAGUCAUGUUUCAUUGGCAGAGGCACAAUUAGUACAAAUGGAUGUAUGAGUGGGGUUGAAUCUCUAAAGCACUUGCCGUAAUCGCCGCCUAGAUCUUUUUUACACGUGACUUGGCCUUUUCAAUGCAGUUGCACUUACACCAUACCGUUACACACCGCCACGCCAUCCUCUGAACCCGGACUUGCAGGCUAUGAUAGAAACAUUGACGAUGUACCAUGUGUCACUGAACCAAAAUAUCUACUGUACAUGUUUGUUUAAUUUGACAUGGAUUGGAUUAUGAGAAGUGGGCAAGCAUUCACGGACAGUGAAAUGUUCCUUUUGAUUAUGGGUCUUAUGGUGUAUUCCACAGUUGAUAAUCCACCGCCCCAUGAUCAUGGUGCCUCGAGCACAUUUAGCGUAGACAACAGAGGAAACCGUACUUUCCCCUCACAGGUUUAAAUGAUUAAAUGGUGGACCGCUAGUCUGAAUAGACACUCACUCAGUGAUUCUUUAGGUUUUCCCAAUGAGGACUGUGGGUGUACAGAUCUUCCCCACCUAUUAGUGUUAUCAAUACAAACCCUCUUGCUGGUUAGAGCAGUUUAACUCACUUGCAACAGAUAGUGUAAAGAACAGUAUUCUGCCUAAUACAGUUUAAAGUAAGAAGCAAUUUGCAAAAGACCACUAACACUACCCCAGGACUUUCUGCAAUAAGUCAGAUUGUAAAAAAAUAAUUUAAAAAACUGAAUAGAGUGUGAUAAAGAUUUGGUGUGGAUUUUAAAAUGGCAAUGAUAUUAAGUGACUUUGUUUUAUCCAUGUGUUCCAUUCCUUCACUUUCUUUCCUCUCCAGUGUUAGCAUCACAUUAUAUUGCAUGCAAGUGUAAAAUGAGCGUUGGUUCUCUCUGCUUGGGCUUGUAGUCCUCAAAAUGUGUUAAAUGUGACAUUUCAGAUGUACUCUGAGAUUUUACCAGUGGUUUAUCUUUUUACUGUCAGAAGAAUGUAAAUACUGGACAAAUUAGAAAAUGAUAUCACCUCUACAAGCUACAGUAUAUGUUUCCCUAUGUGCAAACAAGGAAUUCCUCACAGAAUAUUUGAUUGUGCUGUGAAAAACUGCCCGAAAGGGAUUUAGCUUUUUUUUUCUUCCAAAGUUGUAUACUAUUGGCAGUUCACUAUAGAUGAAUAUCCCACUUUGUACUGCAAAGCAAUUUGUGAACAAAUCCGCUGAAUAUGGCAAAUGUUUUCCUCAAAAUAUUUGAUAGGGAAGGAGACACCAAGAACCCCAACUGCCAAAUUCUCUGUGUCUUUUCUAGAACUGAUUCUACAGAAUGUAUACUUGUUUUAUACAGUAGUUUAGUCUUAUUGUGAUAAUGGACAGGCCUACUGCCACUUUAAUAUGGCAUUAGAACUUCAAUCAGACUGUUGCUCUGAUGUUGAGGUUGUUCCACUCCUCGCACCGUUGACAGGAGCACAUUGAGAGGACCUUAUGGUACUGUAUAAGAGCACGGCUUUUUUUAAUAUUCUGGGUAAGUUACACUUUCUUUUGAGGCAUGCACGUUUGUAACGUACCGAAGUUGACGUGUGUGUGUGUGUUUAGAAAAAUACAUUUUCUAAAGGGUCAAAGUAGUAAUUUGCCGUCGUUAUAUAAUAUCUUGUGAAUGUGGGGCUGUAAAUAAAAGGAUAUUAUAAUGUCAAAGGCAUUGCCCGUCUUUUA